CAAGUCCUAAGUGAGAAGAAGAAGAAAAAGCACUCAACAAGAGCUUUCAAGAAGCUUGUAGCUGUAUUUGCUUGCUCAUAGAGAAUAAGAUAUAAUCAUCGACAGCUACCUUAGCAAGAAAGAGGUCAAGAGAUAUGGGAGUGAUGGACGAAGCAGAGGCAAGGAAGAAGACGAUGAUAAGAGUGAGGGAGUUUGAUGUGGAGAGAGACCUCCGGGCCGUGGAGGUGCUCGAGCGCCGGUGCCAGGUCGGCCUAUCCGGCGACCAAGGCCCCGACGCUGCCGUCGCCGACCAUGACGGUGGCGCAGAGAGGAAGAAGACGAGGAGCAGAAAGAAGAAGAAGAGAGGCAUGUCGCUCUACGUCGAGCAGAUCGGCGACCCGUUUGCCCGGGUGCGCCAUGCGGCGGACUACGUCAUGCUGGUUGCUGAGUAUGGGGAAGAAGAAGAGGUUGUCGGAGUGAUCAAGUCAUGCACCAGGAUGGUAAGCAGAGGGAAGAAGAGGCAAAGCUUCAGCAGCUCCAAGCAGUAUGUGAAGGUGGCAUGCCUUCUUGGCCUCAGGGUAUCCCCCUCUCACAGGCGCCUCGGGAUCGCGACGGAGCUGGUCCGCCGCGCGGAGUCGUGGUGCGCGGCGCGGGGCGCAGUGUACGCCACCAUAGCAACCACCGCGUCGAACGCGGCCUCGCUCUCGCUCUUCGCCGGCCGCUUCGCGUACGCGCCGUUCCGGCGGCCGGUGUUCCUCGGUCACCCGGUGCACAGGCACCGGGUGCGUGUCCCGGGCGCGCACCGCGUCCUGCGGCUGCCCCCACCGCUCGCCGCGGCGGCCUACGCUGCGCUGCUCCCGUCCGCCACCGCAGAGUUCCUCCCCGCCGACCUCCCCGCUCUCCUCGCCCACAAGCUCACGCUCGGCACGUACCUCGCCAUCGAGCGCGGCCCCGACCCGGCGCUCCCGCUGUCGUUCGCACUGCUCAGCGUCUGGGACGCCACGCGCUCGCUCCGCCUCCGCCUCGGCGGAGCGCCCACUAUACUCCGAGCGUCCCUGGCCGCGGCGCGCGCGCUCGACCGGCACGCGCCAUGGCUGCAAGUGCCCUCCGUCCCCGACAUCUUCCGGCCGUUCGGUACCUACCUCCUCUACGGCCUCCGCAUGUCCGGCCCAGAGGGCCCGGCGCUCCUGCGCUCGCUCUGCAAGCACGCGCACAACGUCGCGCGCAAGAACCCGGCGUGCGCCGUCCUGGCGGCCGACCUCGGGCCCGACGACCCGGCCGUCGCCGCCGUGCCGCACUGGCCCAAGUUCUCCUGCGACGAGGACGUAUGGUGCAUCAAGAAGCUCGGCGCCGCCACCGCUGUCAAUGGCAAUGCCGGCAACGAUAACGAGGACGACUGGACAACGUCGCCGCCCGCCGGCGUCCUGUUCGUGGAUCCCCGGGAGUUCUGACGCUGGCCCUGCAAACAAGAAUCCGACAAGUUUUGAUUUUUUGACGACCGUGUAGAUGCACCAUACAUACAUGACAAGUGUAUGCCGCAAAUCAAUGCAUAAGUUGCAUUGCAUCUCGCAGCUCAGAACCCAAAUAGUGCAGCAAGUAGCAACCUUCAUCUGUUUUUGGCUCUGAACUCUGAACGGCAAUGGGUGGUCAGUUUCUGCAGAUG